AUGGAUUCCGCCAAGCCAGCUUUCCGUGUCUACGCGGCAUCUGAUUCAUACGGUGCGACUCUUAGAAGCGCCAUGGUCAGUUAUCUUCGCUCCAGAGGCAUAGAGGUUGAAGACUACGGCGAAGACAAGUACUACACGGCGGCUGAACGCGUCGCCAAAAGCGUCGCAGCCGACCGCUCGGCGACAGAUUCUCCUGCCUGCGACACGCGCGGGCUGCUUGUGUGCGGAACCGGCACCGGCGUUACAGUCUUUGCAAAUAAAAUCCCGACGACUUCUCCUGAGAAAGGGCAAGAGAUUGUGGAUGCAUGGCUCGCGACAGAAUUCAAAGCGCCGUGUCCGGCGAGUGGUAACCAGCCGUGGAACAAGGAAGUCUUUGACUUCUUGACAAACGCACCUGACGAAAUGGCUGCACCCCUCGUAUCGUCCUAUCUGCUCGUACAGCUGUCGCCUGCAUCCGAUCUUCACCGUCCCUCCAAUCACAGGCGGUCAACUGUCGGCUGGUUUGCAUCGUUUCUCAUUGGCUCGCUCCUUGGAGGGAUCCUAACCGCAACCAUAGUUCCCGCUGUCUUACCUCCACCCCCUUCCCCUGGCAAGGCAACCACCGCUUUCUCCUCCCCAAUCGCUUUCAUACCCACCCCUGCCACAACCGCUGCUGCUGCUGCUGAUGGCGUUUCCAUGCCCGUGUCAGCAUCCGCUGACGCUGCCAACGUGGCAGCCACUGCUGCAGUGACAGCUGACGUGGCCGCUGACGUGGCUGCUGACGUGGACGCUGUCAGCAAUGCCACGUGGAGAGGUGACGUGGCAGGCGUUCAGGCGGAGGCAGAGGAGCUGCUGGCACGGAACACGGAGCUGCGCCGUGCGCUGGGGAAGCUGCGGCAGACGGUGAUGCUGGAAGCACGGACGCGCAUGGCCGAGCUGAAAAGCAUUCUCAAGGAGAUCAAGCUGGUGCAGGACCAGCGUGCUUUAACCUACUAUGUGGACGACAGGGGGUUGCCAUCGCCACCAACAGAGCUGAGGGAGAUUGCUGCACUGACUGCGAGGCGGCGACCAGAUGUGGAUGCUAAAGAGGAGGAGCUGGUGGCGCGAGCGCAGCUCAAAACCCCCUUUCUCUCCCCUCGUCCCACACUGUCUAGUCCCCACCUCCCCCCGCCCCCACGGCUCUCCCUCACUGCCCUUCUCUUCCUGACCGGCCAGGUGCGAGUGCUGUCUCUGAAGGAGGAGAUAGAGCGGGCCGUGCAUGCUGACUUGCGCCUCAGCUUCUCUCGCUGCGCUGCUGCACUGCAGCACACCCAAGAGGUUCAACAGGCGCACACACAAGCCAUGCAAGCAUACAUGGCAGCGCACGCCACACUCUCCCUCCGCCUCACAGCUCUGUCAGCACUCAAGCAGCCGGGCAGUGGAGAGAAGCUGCAGCGACUAAGGGAGCAACCCAUCCUGCUCUCCUCCCCUACUGCUAGGAACGCCUUUCUCUCCUCCCUUGAUGCACCAGACCUCCUGUUUUCCGCAUCCCACUUCCCCUCCAUGUUCCUCUCCACCGACCACCACCCCUCGCUCGUCUCAUCCAUGCAACACUUAGCUAACGCUCAGAACGAUACCGUUGUAGCGCUUAAAUUGCGCACCGAGCGCGCUGCUGCUGAAGUGAAGGAAGCCAAGGGGAAGCUUCCUGAGCUGUGCCACGUCAGCGCCUCCUGGGUGAGCCCCGAGGGUGCUGACGUGUCUCCUUGCUCUCUGGCCAGUCGGAUAUCAGAAGAAGAGCGGGGAGGAAAGAACGGAACGAGCAAGGGCAGCGGAGGGACAGAAGGAGGAACAGGGAUGGAGAAAGAGAAUGACCCUACGAGAGAAUCAGACCCCCUAUCAGGGCCCUUAGCCCCCUCUGCUCUGUGGCGUCAACCCCUAUGGGACCUCUCCUUCCCCACCCAUUCUUCCGCCUUCCCCGCCUUCCCUCACUCCUACGCCUUCAAUUCUCCUGCCUCCUCCCCGUUCUCCUCCUCCUCUUCCUCCCCUUUCUCCUCCUUACUCUCGUCGGCGUCUCAAUCACCGGGUACAACUGGCUCAUCUGUAGCAGGGCAGUCCACAACUGCUACAGAUGCUGCUACAGGUGAUGCUCAUACCCAAUACCAUUCAGCCGAAUCUCCAGGUUCAUCCAGCGCCAGCUCAUCCACCGAAUCCACCACAUCAGCAGCCGCCACAUCAGCAGCUGCAGUGAACAUCUCCUUCCUGAUCUACACAUCGCCACCCACCACGGCCGCCCUGGAUCUCGUCUCCAAGCUGUACGAUUGCACGCACGGGCGGCUCAGGGCGGGCAGCAUAGGCGGGCGGCUGGGGGGGCUCACAUCUGAAGCCUUAGUGCUUCUGGACGGCCCCUCCAUUCCCCUGCACCAGGCGUCUGCCAUGGUCCGCCGUGGGAAAUCGGCAGGUGGGGGUGGGAGCGGCAGUGGGAAUAACAGCAGCAGCAGCAGCAGCAGCAGUGAAGGCAUACCAGGGACGGUGCCAGGGUUUGAAAAGUACUACAACCCUGCGGAUUGGAUCCAAGCCACCCGCCGAACCUCCCCAGGUUCGUUCCUCACGCACAUCCUCGCCCCAUCCCGCAUGGGCGCCGCCCGCGCCUACAACCUCCUCUCCCUCCUCGCCCGCGGCUCCAUACUCGUUCUCCUCGCGGGCGGCGAUCUGCCGCCCGACUCCUGCGACUGGGCGGCGAAUCUCGUCGCGCCUUUCUCGGCCUGGCCCCGGCUGGGGAUUGCAGGGCAUUCGAUGGGGAAGAUGGGGCUGAGGAACGCUCCAGGAAGCCUGCAGCUGGGGGAGGUGCGGAACGCUGGGGAUCAGUUUUGGAACAGGUUGAGAGAUCCGGUGACUGGGGUGAGGAUGAGCUUUGUGCUUGGGACGGUGACAGGACCGAUGGCUGCGAGGCGAGACGUGUUUGUGAAGGUGGGGGGUUUCAGCACGAUUGAUGGGGGUAUAGAUGCGCUAUCGGAUUGGGACCUUUGCCAACAUGUAUGGCUCUCUGGCCAUCAGGUUGCGUUGGUGUAUCAAGAACCAGAGCUUCGCUUUAGAGCCACCGAUGAACUGACCAGAAGCCGUGAAAUGGCACGCUCAACGGAGUUAUGGUCUCCUGACCACUCUGUGAUCCAUCCCAACCUCACAGACAGAAUUAUUUCUGAAGUUCGGUGCAAGAUGGAUUUUCCCCAGCCUAAGUUCCCGGCUCGGAUAGGCGGCCUAUCGUGGAACGACGACGGCGAUGACUCAGAUUCGGAUUCGCCUGAAUCAGAAUCGGGAUCCCAGGGAAGCGGCGUGGGUCUCUUGGGAGCCUCGGGGGAAAUUCCCCGCUCCGAAAGCUCCGCCUGGAAAGGCAGCCGCGGGGGAAGUACAGGGGGAGGAGGGGAGAGAAGUGGAAGUUUAUUUGGUGGUGCUGGCGACAUAGCAGGUAUCGGGUUUAGCGGCGGUCUCAGCGGCGUGAUUAGCGGCGGAAUCAGCGGCGCUAGCAGCGGAGGAGGAGGAGGAGGGGAAAGGAAGGUGAAGUUCGAUACGCCAGACGCCCCGCCAUCGAUCACACCCGCGGCUGCAGUCCCUCCUCCAUCCAAGCCUCGUCACUCCCGCGCACUGUCGUCCGAAGCUCCUGACUUGCUCGCGCCCAAACCUAACGCCCGCCGUGCAAGGACGACUGCCUCAGCGAUUUUCACUCGGCCCAAUCAACCAAGCGCUUCAGGCUCCGAUAGUAUCCCCCAAGACCCAUUCCGCCGGCAGCGCCACGAAUCCAUCGGGGGAGGCCUCCCUGGCGCGGGGGGGUCGCGCCAGAUGCUCACUCCGGGCAGCGCCGCUGCUGCAGCCGCGCGGCAGCGGCGCAUGUCCGUCCAAUUCGCAUCAGGCUUCUCAAAACCCACGGGAUUGCAGCUGCCAGGGUCCGUGGGGGGCCAAGGGGGACCCAUGACCCCCACUGCUGCUGGAAACCCCAGUACUGCGACCAAAAAAGUGCAGAAAUCUAUGAUGAUGUGUAUGGAUCCGACGUGUAACGCGUGCCCGCCGGAAAUGCAUGCUCUGCGGAAUAAGAAGCUCAUGGCUCAGGUUAUAGACGAGUUUCCGGAGCCCUUGGCGCGGCCGACGAGGCGAGGGGGGAGGGGAGGUGGAAGGGGAGGAGGCGGGGAUGAUGAUGAUGAUAGUGAUUAUGAUUUUGAUGAUGACGAUGACGAUGAUGAUGACGAUUAUGGGUAUGAUUAUGACGCGGAGCAGGGACAGCGGACGAUUGUGCGGUUUUGUGGAAUUACCUGUUUCGCGUACAUCUCCAAGCCGAAGCGCAAGAAGCGCAAGUCACGGUGGACCAAAGCCUGGGAGGACGUGCGGGACUUGUUCCAGCCCAUCAGCAUGCUGUGGCAGCCGUGGGGUAUCCUGAACCCGCACUCAAAGUUCAUGGCGCGGUGGAACAAGGUGUUCAUGGUGGCGUGCAUCCUCGGCUUCACUAUCGACCCCUGGUUCCUCUUCACCCUGCAGGCGCUGCACCAAGUGGCGCCAGAACCGGCCAUGCUGUGUCUGACUCUGGACUGGACGGCAGCUAUCGCCUUCACGGUGCUGCGUUCAUUCGUGGACCUCUGCUAUGUCAUUCAGAUUGUCGUUCAGUUCCGCAUGGCCUACAUCGUGCCGCCCCCCACCAACCGCAAGAACCGCUUCUUCCGCCGCUGGUGGGCCGACCGCUCCCUGCAGAGCCCAGGGGACCUCGAGUUUGAUGCACGCGUCAUUGCCAGCCGCUACCUGCGCUCCUGGUUCCUCAUUGACGUGCUGGCAGCGCUGCCUAUCCCCCAGAUAGUGAUGUUGGUGAUAGUGCCGAUGAUGGGUCGUUCAGUCCCCUCCAACACGGGCGUCGCCAUGACAGUGCUCUGCCUCGCAGCGCUCUUCGCUCAGAACGUCCCCCGGGCCAUCCGAUUCUUCCCCAUCCUCUCCGGCAACGCGCCGCAUGUCACCGGGCUCGUGUUUGAGACGGCGUGGGCCAACUUUCUGCUCAACUUUGUGUUCUACCUCAUGGCAUCCAACAUCGUCGGCAGCAUGUGGUACUUCCUCGCUGCCUCGACGGCGUGGGCCUAUUUUCUCCUCAACUUCGUGUUCUAUCUCAUGGCGUCCAACGUGGUUGGCAGCAUGUGGUACUUCCUCGCUGCCUCGCGCUUCACCACGUGUAUGGCAGGCCAGUGUGCCACUCAGGGAGGCGCCUGUCAACCCGAGUACAUGUACUGCGUCGACCAAAACUCCAUCGCCUACCAGAACACUGCAGCAGAGGCCGCCUGGGCCACAGGCCCGGCUAGCGCGUGCCUGGUGGCAGACACACCCGGCAGUGACGCCCCGCCCUCCCCGAUCGAUUAUGGCAUCUUCACCAACGCUGUUCCGCUGGUGGUGGAAGGGGCGUUCCUCUCCAAGUACAUCUACUCCUUCUUCUGGGGCUUCCAGCAAGUGAGCACGCUCGCGGGCAACCUGGAGCCGUCUAGGUGGGAUCCGGAGGUUCUUUUUGUCAUCCUCGUUAUAGGGCUGGGGCUCGUGCUGCUCGCACUGCUUAUUGGCAACAUCUCCAACUUUCUACAAGCUCUCAGUAGAAGAUCUUUUGAGUACCAGUUGCAGCGCCAUGACAUUGACUCAUGGAUGGAGAGACGCAACCUGCCCCUCAGCCUCCAAAAGCGUGUGCAGAAGCAGCAGCGGCUGCACUGGGUGGCAACGAGGGGAGUGGAGGAGGCGGAGGUGCUGGAUAAGCUUUCAGAUGACAUUCAGACGGACGUGCGCCGCAGCCUGUGCCUUGAGCUGCUGCAAUGCUCGGCGCUCUUUUUUGCCAUGGAGCCGCAGGUCCUCGACGCCUUCUGUGAGAAGCUGAGGCAGCAGCUGUACAUAGAGGGCACAGUGAUUCUCAAGGAGGGGUACCCGGUGUCGCGCCUCUUCUUCGUGCUGCGCGGCCAGCUCGAGAGCUACACCACCAUCGGCGGGCGAGCAGGAUUCGUGGACAGCGUGCUGCUGGGGAAGGGUGAUUUCCUGGGGGAAGAGUUGCUGGUCGAAUACCUCGAGAAGCUGUCGGACAGAGACAAGAGCCGAAGAUCCGGACCUGGCAUACGCUAUCUGGGCCGAUCUGUGACGAUGGGGGCAUCAGCAUCGGCGUCAGCAGCAGCGCUGGGAACGCUAGCAAUAGACGUGCUGCCGACAGCGCAGCGCACGGUGCGGUGCAUUGGGCCCGUUGAGGGGUACGAGCUUGAAGCCACCGAUGUCGCUGUGGUGUGCCGCCAGUUUGCCCGAAUGCUCUCCACCAGCAAGAUCCAGGCGGCUCUCAAUGAGUGCUGCCACAACCGGCGCACACACGCCGCCAGAACCAUCCAGCUUGCGUGGAGGCGGCAUCUCAGAAAGAAAUACGGACUCACCAUCCAGCAGGUUAUGAGUGCAGUGAACCAGAACCGCAUGCAACUGGUGGUUCGCAAAGCACUGGAAUUGCAGGUGGGGGGAAGCGGACGCAGAGACAGCGAAGCAGGGGAUUCAAGAAACAGCAGCAGGCGGAUGUGA